AGGGGGUGGAGGAGGUGCGCCAGCCAGCCAAUCGUGAGUCUCCAUUUCGACCAAUCAGCUGACAGGCAGUCUUCUCUUCCUGUUUGAGCAACGAAUUUCAUUAUCGGACAUAACCCGAACGGAUGAGACUGGUUUUCAGCCUGAACACAGUGAAUUGCUCGGAAGUGGAUCAUGGGAGGGAUCAAACAGGAGCAGGGUGAUGCAUCGCAGCAGCUCAGAGCCUCGCACUCAGCGGAGCAGCCUCAGGACGAGCCCAAGAAGAGAGGCUGGCCAAAGGGAAAGAAAAGAAAGAAGGUGCUGCCAAACGGUCCCAAGGCACCAGUCACAGGAUAUGUCCGCUUCCUGAAUGAGCGGCGGGAACAUAUGAGGGCCCGAUACCCCGAUUUACCUUUUCCCGAAAUCACCAAAAGACUCGGAGCAGAGUGGACACGAUUAGCGCCAAAUGACAAACAGCGCUACUUGGAUGAGGCAGAGCGGGAGAAGAUGCAGUAUGCACAGGAACUGAAGGACUAUCAACAGACUGAGGCCUAUCAGAUCACCAGUGCUAAGAUUCAAGACAAAAGGAUCAAGAAAGAAGACACUUCAUCUGUCAUCAUCAGUGCUAGCUCAGGGUCAUCUCUACCAAAGGCCUCUGAACUCCCAAGCAGAUUUGACAUCCCUAUCUUCACAGAGGAGUUCCUUGAUCAGAACAAAGCUCGAGAAGCUGAGUUGCGGCGACUUCGUAAAGCUAACAUUGAGUUUGAGGAGCAGAAUGCAGUGUUGCAGCGGCACAUUAAAGACAUGUUCAACGCUAAAGAGCGUCUGGAGGCCGAACUGGGGCAGGAUGAGAAGCGAACCCAGGCUCUUCAGCAACACUUACUGGCCAUCAAACACACACUGGUCAACAGUCUCUCAUCAGUCCCCCUGCCAGGUACAGGUGAGACCGCGUCUCUUGGAAACCUUGACUCGUACCUGAGUCGUCUCAGUGGAGUGCUGGAGGGAAACCCACACAAGCAUCGUGCCCUGCUCACCCAGCUUUGCGAUGUCCUCUCUCAUUUUGAUAGUGAGAAGUUAUGAGGAGAGUGUGCAGAGAGCCUUUCACUCCUGCAGCAGAGGGACACGUGACGGCCUCAGUGGAAUUAGCUGAAAUCAGUGCCAUUAAACAAUGCAUGUGACUAUCUCAAGGAUAGUAAAAGCAAGGGUACAAACACUUCAACACACUACACACAGACCAUGUCCACGGGACUUUUCUUUAUGAUUGUGUGUGUUCACGCACAUCAUUUUUUUGUGUGAAUGUAAAUCUGAGUGGCAGUGUUGGGGGGUCUUAACAGUUAAGGAAUUUCAAUAAAUGUAAUGUAAUUUUACCUCCCCAAAUGUCACGAGUAAAUUUGGAUUGACAGUUAUCUCCAGGCCCUAUGAGCUGUCCAAUAAGGCAAGACUAAUAAUCAGUUUACAUUAAAAUGCCAUUUGGCAUGUGGAGGGUGGGAAUACGUAGUGUUAUUUAGACUGCAUGAAAACAAACUGGAAGGGAUUGAAAGGAAAUGUCAGUGUAUGCUGUACAUGUUUGAAUUUACAUUGAUAAUGGAAGGGUGUGGGAUCGAUGAACAGUUGAACAUGUCAGAAUAUUAUAUAUUUGUGAAGUAUAUUUGUAUUUUUCUUAAAUGUUCAUUAAACCCUAGUGAAAAUGUUUCCAAAAA